AUGGUCCAUGCUGGGAGUGCCGACACCCCAGUAAAAGGAGAGAGUGGUGGAGGUAGUGGAGGUGAUGUGCUACAUCCGCAGGCCAGACCUGAAGAACUGUCUGCUGUUCAGCUGCUGGAGAAGGAAGAACCUAGAGAGGCCAGGAACACUGAAGCCGAGGGGCUUGUGCAGCUGAAGUCUGGGGGGCAGUGGCUGCUGAUCCCGUCCAAGGAUCUGAUUGGCAUCUCAGAAGCCUGUGGGAGAGGAGGACAGUCAGUAACCCAUAAUGGCCUCCCCAUCAUGGUCUCCCUGGCCAACACAGCCAUCUCCUUCAGCUGCAAGAUCACCUACCCAUACACCCCAGAGUUCAAGGACCUCACAGUCAGCUACUUUCACGAGAAUCUCCAGGGCCAGAGGAGUUCUAAGAAGAUGCUCGACUGCCCACCUGGCCAGGGUGUAGAGAACCAGACCCACACCUUUCUGUGUGUCAUCACCUUCACACCGCCAGGUGCAUCGGCCACUGGCACCUACUACUGCAGCAUAUGUUGGUCACAAUCCACGGUGAACGGCGAGGGUACCUUCAUCCUGGUCAGAGACACGGGGUACCGAGAGCCCCCACAGAACCCGCAGAAGUCCCUGCUCGUUGGCUUCACUGGCUUCUUGGCUGUCCUGAGUGUCCUGGGCACAGCUUUACUGCUCUGGAAGAAGAAACAGAUGCAGGCUCCUGGGAAGCACCCCACCGAGAAGUGCCCAGACCCAAGAUCUGCCAGCAACCCUAAGCAGCCUCCAACAGAAUCCGUGUACACGGCCCUGCAGCGCCGAGAGACUGAGGUCUACGCCUGCAUCGAGAGUGAGGACGGCAGCCCGCCCACUGCCAGGUGCCCUCUUGUCCAGGAGAAACAACAUAGAUUUGAGGAUGAGAGUGAACUUAACCUGGUCUACGAAAACCUCUAG